AUGUCCUUCGGCCACCGCCAGAACACUGCUUCCCUCUUCAACGACGCCUCGCACGGCGCCACGGCUGGGUAUGACCUCAGCACGUAUGAGGCGUCCCCCGGCGAGACAUACGAAGCCACGGAUGUAUCCCCUACCCAGAGCUACCGCCCUUCGUUUGCACAGAGUACCGGUCGCGCCUACCCUUUAUACACUAGCCAGACGCGCUUAAAUGAGGAACCUCGAAAUUAUACAGGUCCCACUAAUACUACUCAGUAUAUUCAGUGGGUGUUCACUCUAUUACUCACCAUUAGCCCUCCUGACAGUAAAAUUGACUUGAAGGAGCUCCAACUCUAUCUCCCAUCGAUCAUCCCUGUUUCUGACAAAGCCUCAAGAAUCUCGCCGACAGGACUCACUCCUGAGCUAUCAAGCCUUGCUCUUCCCGAUGGGAGCUUGACGGCACCCUCGCCGACCAGCACGAUCUCCAGCUUGUCGCAGCAGAGUCCUUACAUUGGCACUACGUAUAAUACAAUUCACGGCGACUAUGACUAUCAGGAUUCGACCAACAGCCACGUUAUCCCUCACGGUCGCACUGGCAGGCAGCGGAGCCCGACAUCUCCCUACAGCCCCAUCCCUCCGACCCUUUCUCAUCACCGUGAGCGCGACAUGUACCCUCGCUUUUUCAGACAAGCGCCCCCGCUGUCCUCGCCGCUGCUCAGUGCCUGCGAGCACCCCAACUCCGUACCCUGUCGCUGGGGAAAUUGCUACGUCUUACUAGACGACCUCUCCGUCGGGGGGAUAAAGCGUCACUUUGCGCAAUACCACAAAGACGAAGCCGUUCCCGAACACAAAGGCCAUCGCGGACGGUGUCAAUGGGUCGACGGCACCGUCUGCAACAGCGAGCUCGACCGCGCUGGACUCGCGAAGCAUGUCGCCGCGAAACAUCUCAGAAGCCUGGCGCGCGUCUGUCCCUACUGCAAUACUGUCAUCGGCCGUCUCGACUCUCUCCGUCGUCACAUGCAAGAUCACUCGCUACCAUCGUUGGCUAUGGCAGCACCGGCGAGUACUGCAAGGGCUCUUAUUGACAAGCUCUCUCAUCCCCUUCUUCCUCCCCUUUACCUCCGUUUCCGUGCAUCUUGUCUUUAUGUUCUGCUGCUCUUCGUCUGCUAUUUCCAUGCACAGUAUGAUCGCUCUAAGCUCGACGUUUCCGAGGACUUCCUGGCGGAGUCAAAGCCCGGCCACUUAUAUCCGUACACUUAG